GUCUGAUCAUGGCGUGAUCUGAUAAGAUUUUCCCUCGCUCUGGGCUGAAAUCGGAAAUACAGCCUACCCGAUGUCGGAGAUCGGUCUUUCAGCAGACCCUCGCAUCGGGUGGAGCGUCUACUCUGCUGGUAGUACCCACCGAUUGUCAAAUUUACUGACAAUAGGAGACGCUUAAUACAGAGGUGCCAAGAUGGCUCAUGACAGACGACAAGCUCAGAGUCUGUCCGGUUGUGGUUCCUUUGACUUUCAUGCACACUGUUAUCUGAUCCCGCGGAAUCUUUUUAUCAGAUCCUUCUUCAGUGUCGCUGCUAAUCCCCGAGCAGACACAGCGGCCCAACAACAGAUACUAUGGCUGCUGCAACUGAAGCGCUAGCAGGGACAGAGCCACCUAAGAAGUUCUGGCGCCGGGCCACCUCAUUUGCUCGUCUGCUCUUCUACGGUAAUCCCUCGUCUCAGGAUAUAAUUAUCCUGAUCAUUGGCUUUAUUGCCGCAAUUGCCUCUGGGAUCCCGUUCCCUAUUAUGUCCAUCGUCUUCGGACAGCUGGUCAAUGGGCUGAACUCCGCCACCUGUGAAGUCAACCCCGACACCGCGGCAUCCUACCAGGACGGAAUCAAUUCCAAAAUUCUGUUGAUUGUGUAUGUCGGUAUCGCAUACUUUCUGCUGAUCUAUAUCUAUACCCUCUGUUUCAAUCUCAGUGCCGAGCGACUUGCGCAGCGUCUGCGGGAAAAGUAUCUGAGUUCCAUCUUGCGCCAAGAUGCGGCUUUUUUUGACAACCUGCCGGCCGGUGAGGUGUCUUCGCGCAUCACAGGAGAGAUAUCCAUUGUGCAGCAGGGUACGAAUGAGAAAGUGGGACUUGUGAUCAACAGCAUCUCCUUCUUCAUUGCUGCCUAUGUUGUCGCAUUCAUCAAGGACGCUAAGCUCGCUGGUAUGCUGGUCUCCCUUACUCCUGCAUAUCUCCUCAUGGCAUUGGGUGGUGGGUACUUUGUGCAGAAGUACUUUGGGCGCUCGCUCGAGAGCAUAGGAAAGGCUUCCUCGGUCGCGCUGGAGGCUUUCUCAAAUAUUACCGUUGUACAUGCGUUCUCAGCCAAUGCAAGACUGGAGGAGAAGUUUAUCCAGGUUUUGAACCCAGGCCUCGCGGCUGGUACGUGGAAGUCCAUUGCCAUGGCUGCUCAGGCUGGGCUUCUAUAUUUCAUCGCCUUCUCGGCAAAUGGUCUCGCCUUCUGGCAAGGAUCCAGGCAGAUUGCGAGAGCUGUUGAGUCGAACACCGGUGGUAUCACGGUCGGAGCUACAUUUACCGUUAUCCUGAUCCUUGUAGAUGCCUCUCUUAUUCUCAGUCAGGCCGCUCCCUUCCUGCGUACUUUUGACUCUGCAGCCGUGGCUUUCGCCAAGCUGGAAGCCGACAUGGACCAUGUAUCGAGCAUUGAUGGUACUUCUGAGAACGACGGACGUAUUUUGUCGGAGGUAGUGGGAGAUAUUGAGCUGCGAAAUGUCUCUUUUACUUUUCCUUCACGCCCAGAGAAACCUGUACUACAAGAUCUCUCACUCACUUGUCCCGCUGGUCGGCAAACGGCAAUUGUGGGACUUUCGGGUAGUGGGAAAUCCACUGUAGCAGGCCUGAUUACUCGAUUCUACAACUCAACGGAAGGUGCCGUACUUCUAGAUGGCUAUGAUGUGAAAGACUUGAAUGUGCGAUCAGUCCGGGGCGAGAUCAGUCUUGUGCAACAGGAGCCGUGCCUUCUUGAUCGAUCUAUCCUCGAAAAUAUCGCGCUUGGUCUGGUGAACUCUCCCAAACACAGAUAUCUGCAUUCCAUCCUUAUGACAGAUGUCCUUGCCACCGUGGCCGAGGCCCUUCGUGGUGGGCAAGAUCUGAGUUUGGUUUCCCAAUUGCAUGGCGAUCAAGUGCAAGAGAUUAUCAAACUGGUUUUGGAUGCUGCUUCUUUGGCAGAUGCAAUCGGCUUCAUCCAGAAUCUAUCGGAAGGCUUUGGAACAUCAGUCGGUGCAAAAGGCCAUCUCAUCAGUGGUGGCCAGAAGCAGCGCAUCUCGCUCGCUCGCGCGUUGGUCAAGGAUCCACGCAUUCUAAUCCUUGACGAGGCCACUGCCUCGCUCGACUCAGCCUCAGAGCUCCGUAUACAGAAGGCGUUGGAGCAUGUGGCCAUAGGACGUACGGUCGUUACAAUUGCUCACAGACUUUCCACGAUCAAGAAUGCCGAUAAUAUCAUUGUCAUGCGCCAGGGAAAAGUGGUGGAGCAAGGAACACACCAAGGAUUGCUCGAGGCUGACGGCGCGUACGCCGAGCUUGUUCGUCUUCAGAAUCUCAACGUCAAUGGCGGCGGAAAAGAUUCCCUGGACUCAAUCUCGAUGCAUUCCAACUCCUCGGCCCAGGAGCUUCAUGAAAAGUCUGAAGCCUUCGAUGCCUCGACUGCAACAGAUAUUCCGACGACAAACAAGGCAGAAGCACAGGUCGUAACCCAGCACUUUGCCACGGAACGUAUGGCAGGUCAGCGAACUAAGUUAUCAACAGUAAAGUGUAUGGGCGCGCUUUUCCGGCCAUAUACCUUUGCCCUCAUCGUUGCAAUCGCUGGGGCGGUGGUCAUUGGUGGCACAUACUGCGGCUCGGCAGUGAUCUUUGGCAAUGUUGUUGGCAAACUCAGCUACUGCGAACAACCCAGUUCAAUCCGUCAUGCGGGUGAGCUCUUCGGAUUGCUAUUUUUCAUGUUGGCCAUCAUCGAGUUCAUCGCGAACUUCCUCAGUUGGUCUCUUUUCGGUUGGAUCGCCGAACAGAUCAUCUACAAAGUGCGCGUUCUCACGCUGCGGUCAAUUUUAGAGCAGAGUAUGACCUGGCAUGAGGGAGAGGACCGCAAUGCUUCAAUUCUGCUUGAUUUGAUUACCAAGGAUAGCACCGCACUGGGUGGUCUCACUGGCUCUGUUGUCUGUACAAUCCUCUCCAUUUUUGUCAGUCUCAUCGCGACCAUCACCAUGACGCAUAUCAUUGCCUGGAAAAUCGCGAUUGUGUGUCUUUCGGUGGUACCAUUACUACUAGGUGCAGGUUACAUGCGCGUUAGUACCCUGGCCAGCUUUGAGGAGCAGCACCUGAAGGCUUUUGCGAACUCGAACGCCAUCACUGUCGAGGCUGUCAACUCGAUCAAAACUGUCAUGUCUUUGUCCCUGGAGCAUGAGAUUCUCGGCACAUACCGCCGCUCUUUGCAAGCUCCCAUGCAUCAGAUCACCAAACAGAGUGCAUGGGCAAACCUGUGGCUAGCAGUUGGUUAUGGACUGAGCAACUUCCUCUAUGCGCUCGCCUACUGGUGGGGCUCAACCCGCAUCAUUGCCGGCGAGUACACUCAAACUCAAUUUUUCAUUGUCCAACUCGCUCUCCUGGUAAGUUCUCAGCUAUGGGGACAGGCGUUUGCACUAGCGCCAGACGUCUCGCGCGCGUUUCAGGCUACGCGUCGCUUGUUGGACGUGCUCGAUCUCGGAUCUUUCAAGAAGCUCUCCUCGGCUCUCACGCCAGUGGGGGAUAUCGAAGCGACUCCCAAGCCAAGUGAGCAGUCACAGUUGUUGGAUGGUGGCGGUACCAGUGUUGCUUUCAAAGAAGUGACGUUUUCCUAUCCCGCUCGACCAGACACUCGCAUUUUACACGGGCUGGAUUUGCGCAUCCAGAGUGGACAAUUUGCCGCGCUAGUUGGACCCAGUGGUGCCGGCAAGUCCACCAUCAUCUCGCUCGUGGAGCGUUUAUAUAGACCUGAGUCAGGCAUUGUCGAGAUUGGAGGGCGCGACAUCGGGUACGGAGACGACUCAUUCCGGCAUGAUAUCGCAUAUGUUCCACAGCAGAGUGUCAUGUUUGAGGGCACAGUCCGCUUCAAUUUGACCCUGGGCGCGCGACCCGGUCAGUCAGUGUCCCAUGAGGAUCUCGAGGAAGCCUGCAAGCUGGCCAACAUCCACGAUACAAUCAUGCAGCUCCCUGAUGGAUAUGACUCGCAAUGUGGACCUAACGGGGAUCGCCUCUCUGGUGGUCAAAAACAGAGGUUGGCGAUUGCAAGGGCGCUCGUGCGAAAGCCGAAACUCUUGCUUCUAGAUGAAUCGACGAGUGCCCUUGAUGCAGAGUCAGAGCGAUUGCUGCAAGACGGCUUAGAGAAGGCGACGAAGAAUAUGACCGUGAUCGCCAUCGCGCAUCGGCUGUAUACCAUUCGCAGGGCAGACGUCAUCUUCUUGAUUGAAAAUGGGCGCUGUGUUGAUCAGGGAACUCACGUGCAGUUGGUGGGUCGCAAUGAGAGCUAUCGGGUGAAUGCUCUCAAUCAAGCGGUUGGUGAAUGAGCAAUGGUGACCGUGUUUUGCUGGCUUGUGGGUCUUUCUGAUUAUCAUCCAUUUGCACCAGUAACUUAGAGGUAUCAGCACAGGAUUUAAAAAAAGAGUUUUAAUUUUAACCCAGGGCCCAAAGCCUAAUCGUUGCUAAGUGGGGAGGCUAUUAUUAAAUUCCAAAUGAAUUUGAAACCACUCGACCGUUCUCGAAAAACUAG